GCCAAUUCCGAAGCCAAAGCCGGUACUGUUUUGUAAAACAUGGCGCUGCCUAGCGUGAGGCUCGCUGCCCGAGCGCCGGGCAGAAUACUUAGGAGCACGCUUUGCGUUCUCAAGACUUUGCACAGAAAUGAUUUGGCAUUGGCUCGGUGCAGUUCGUCGUCAGCGAAAACUUCCCCGGAAUCCGGUUGGGACUUGGUCGGCGCUGUUGCCCUCGAGCGCAAGCCUAUCAUCAUGCCGGAGCUGAAUGCUCUGGAGAAGAAGUACCUCGAAAUCCUGCGCGCUAUCGAAGAUGAGGGAAGCCUGCUCAGCGACCACGAGCUUCAACUUCUCGAAGACAAAAAGAGAAGGGUCGACCCGGACGAAGGAGUGGCCAUCACAGUCCAAACAACACAGGACAUUGAAGAUGAGUGGACCAAGAAGGCCAAGGAGUUCAAGCCUGCCCCGCGGUUGACCGAGGCCGACUCCAAGGGUGACACACGGACGACACAGCGCUGCCUUGACCAGCCACUCCUGCUUGUUGUGAACCAGCAGUUAGGCAAGGGCCAUCGUUGGAUCCUCCCACAGGCAGUCCGUGCUAAUGGCGAAACCAUGCGACAGACUGCUGAACGAGCGUUGACUGAAGUCUGUGGGCCCGCUCUGGAGGCCUUUUUUCUCGGAAAUGUGCCUUCAGGGUGCUACAGUUACAACUAUCCACCUGAAUUCCAAAAGAACGGCAUCCAGGGAGCCAAGGUAUUCUUCUUCAAGGCACAACUCAGGAAUGGCGCCUUGUCUGUCGGUGAUUUGAAGAAGCUAACUAAGGCGGAUGACUUUGCCUGGCUCACGUACAAGGAGCUCAGUUCUAAAAUGCUUCCGAGGUACUGUAAGGCAGUACGAUCCUUCCUAAUGGUGCCCGACGAAACGCCAUAUCAACACCUGCUUGACAGGGCCCUUUCUUCGAUCACGUGGCGAAAAUCGGGCAUCACACCGGAAAUAUCGCGCGAGAGCAAAGCUGCCGUAGAAGUUGGAAAAAGCUAGGAAAAGUGUUUUACAAUAAAGUUGAAUUUAAUGUAGC